AUGCAUUACAGUGAUGAUGUUAAAACGAUAAGUUCAGUUGAAACUAGUUUGAUUCAAUCUAAUUCUAGUCAUGAUUUCGAUAUAACUGAUUCGGAGGUUGUUUUGGUCACUAGUGAAAUAUUAAAUGAUCUGACGAUUGAUAAUACCAAAGAUCCUGAUUGUGUGAUUGGAAUUGAUAAAACGAAGAUAACGAUAAUUGGUACUAAUGAAAAUGGUGACAGUGAUUCCUUGAGUAAUGGAAAUAAGGUUGUGAAUGAACCGGCAUGUGCUUGUAAAAUGUUAGUCGAAGCGGAUAAUAUUACUGUGAUAGUGAAUGCUGAUGAGGUUGAUGAUUCCAUAGGUGAGUCUGGUCUUAAGUGA